GCCGCCGAAACCCCAAACCGACGAACCCCAACCCCGGCCGCCGCCGCCAUGACGACGAGCAUGAAGAAGAACCGCAAGAAGCGCGGCCACGUCUCCGCCGGGCACGGGCGUGUCGGCAAGCACCGCAAGCAUCCCGGAGGUCGCGGUAACGCCGGUGGCAUGCACCACCACCGCAUCCUCUUCGACAAGUACCACCCGGGCUACUUCGGCAAGGUCGGCAUGCGCUACUUCCACAAGCUCAGCAACAGGUUCCACUGCCCCACGGUCAACGUCGACCGCCUCUGGUCCAUGGUGCCCGCCGACAAGGCCGCCGAGGCCGCCGCCACCCCCGGCAAGGCCCCCGUCAUCGACGUCUCUCAGUUCGGCUACUUCAAGAUCCUCGGCAAGGGCAUGCUCCCGCCCAACACGCCCAUCGUCGUCAAGGCCAAGCUCAUCUCCAAGAUCGCCGAGAAGAAGAUCAAGGCCGCGGGCGGCGCCGUCUUGCUCACCGCUUAGGUACGUAAGGGCCGGCGGAUGCAGGGAGAGGAAGGAGAGAGAGCAGAUGGGACUAGUUUCUUAAUCCUUGUGUUGAAAACUUCGAUUUAGCUCUACUUUUUUUUUGUUAAGAACAUUGCUGUAUGGUAUGGCUACUUGGAACCUGUGCUGUCUUAUCAGAUGUUUUGGAUUCAGUUAUAAUGCCGGUUUAUAUCA